AUGACCGGCCCAGCCAUGAAGUGGGUGGCCAAGAAGACCGAGGGUGAGGAUGAGCCGGCAAAGGGAAAGGACAGAAAGGAUGACCGGGGAAAAGGAGGCUCAAAGUGGAUGGCCAAAAAGAGCGACGAGGAGCCGGCCAAGGGCAAAGCCGACAAGGGCGACAAGGGAGACCGAAAGGGUGAUCGAAAGGGCGAAGGCAAGCGGAAGGGAGGCAAAGCUCCACGAGAGGAGGAGGAUUGGAGCUGGACUUGGACCGCUGACAGCUAUUCGGAUUGGUGGAGCUGGAACGAUUGGGGCAGGGAGACAAAGCCCAGCAAGGGCGAGGGAAAGGAGUCCAAGGGAAAGGACAAGGGUAAGUCGAAGGACUCCGGAAAGAAGGGCAAAGGCGAUUACAAGGACAAGGACGACGGUGAAGAGAAGGGCAAAGGAAAGGGGAAAGGCAAGUCCGAGGAGCCCAAGGGGAAGAAGGGAGGCAAAGGUUUUACGAAGGGCGGUGACAGCAAAGGAGCCGAGCCCCGCAAGGGUGAGGGCCCGCCGCUCAGUCCCAAGACAGUGGCUGAAGUGGAGGCUGAGAUGGCCAAGGGCAAAGGCAAGAUUGAGCGUGUGAAGCGCAACCCCGACUCCGGCGCCAAGCAGCCAAUUGAGGCGAAAGGUGAUAUUUGCCAGGUGCACAAGCACAGCAGCAUGGGCUGCGCCGUCGUGUCCAUGCAAUCGGCGAACAUGAGGGAGGCAAUCAUGAACUUCGCUGAGCAGAGGUUCGGCCGCAACAGCAACGGACGCGUGCAGAUGGACAUCGGCGAUGUCAAAGUGCAGCUGAAGCGUCACACAGACAAGCAGACCAAGCGUGAGGUUGUGACCGACAUCUUCGUUGCCUGGGGCCACCAGCAAGAGAAGGACUCCCCUCUGACCGUUGAGGACAUCGCGGAGAAAUUCGAUCAGCUUUACCAAGAG